AUGAAGUGUUCCGGAGCCACAGGGAUGCGCUUGGAGCAAUUCAAGGACAUCAAGGUAGGCUAUUGGCCGGAUCCAGUUCUUUACAAGAGCCCGAGUAUCGAGCCCUUUCCCAACCUCCGGGAUGAGACCUACACCUACAAGGGUGGUAAAGAUCGCGUGGGGAAUUUGAAUGGCAAGGGCUGCAUCGAACUAGACAACGGGGACCUUAUCACUGGCUAUUUCGUAGACAACAAGCGCGAAGGCGAGUUCACCAUUGAGACGUUCAAGAAUGGCCUUCGGAUCAUCCAGGGGCCGUACGUGAAUGAUAAGAUGAAUGGUCGGACCCGGGUCACGUACAACGACGGCUCCUUUUGUGAGGUCUACAUGAAGGACGGAGUGAUGCACGGAUUCUACCGGUCGUUUGAUGACAAGGGCCGUCUGAAAUUCAUCGGCAACUAUAAGAACGGCUCUCCCACGGGCGUGUGCUGGAAGGUGAUACCUGGGGGAGGAUGUGUGGUGGGUCGGGUGGAUGAUGAAGGCGAGCUGACGGGCAUUCGAAUCGCAUAUCUCUACCCUGAUUUCAUUACUGCAUUUGUGGGCAACUUCAACGACGGUAUCAUGGAGUUUGCCCAAGUGUCCGAACUGAAAAGCGUCAUCGACGACAAAGGGAUCAAGGUGCCCAUGUUCACCGAGCCCAACGGGCGGUUGUACAAACGCGAGAUCUCCACAUAUGACUUCGUCACCAACAACCCUCUACUCCCGGACCCUUAUGAGAGCAAAUUGGUCGAGAUUCGUCAAAGUCGCGUGGGCGGGGCCGGGGAUGGACUCUUCGCCAGGGUCAAGAUAGAGGCCAAUGUGGUAGUGGCAUUCUACAAUGGCAAACGCAUUGGACCUCGAAGUUGGGAGGAUUUCAACCAUCCGGAUUGGGACUACAACGCAUAUAAGAUCUUCGAUCCGUCCGUUCACAACGGGACCAUCGACAUUCCGUCUGAGUUUCGUGAAACCAAAAACUACAACGCUACAUUGGCUCACAAGACCAACCACUCAUUCCUGCCCAACGGCGAAUUUGUGUCUUUCGAUCACCCUAGGCUGGGAAUCAUUCCAUGCAUUUGCACCUCGCAUGAUGUCGAGGCCGGGGAAGAGAUCUUCGUUCACUACGGAUACUCGUUCAACGAUUGCCCCGAUUGGUACGAAGAAGCCUGGCAAAGUGGCAACUAUCCAAUUCCGGACUCAAUGCGCGAUGGUUACACUGGUAAUCCAGAGCUCACCAACGACGACAAAGCCAACCAACUUCCGGAUUUGGAUGACAAGUCGAGCCAAGAAGGAAGCCUCGGUUGAAACGCAUUCUUCAACCCAACUAACUAACUAGUGGAACGCAUCUUGCGUCUAUCAUGGAACAAUCUCUCUUCUCAAAAGUGUCCUUGUCCUUGUCAGUGAUCUUGCUUUUUGCUUUGAAAUCAAUUUUGUAGAAUGUAAAUUGUAGGACCCCGCAAUGAAAGAAAAGCCAGGCUCUUGUCAUAUAAUAGGUAGGAGGGAAAUCAAUUAUAAAUGCCUUAACUCAAGUUCAACCUUUCAAUUUGGGCUGAUUAAAGUUGAUUUACUACUCCAGAAUGUCAUUGGCAAUUUUGAUUUGUUGUUCAGAUUGGUAAUUUUGCAUUCUGGUUGAAAAUUGCUCUUCAAUAUCUGAGUGCGAUAAAAAAAAUUGCAAAUUGUGGUAACACGGAAAUUCGCCAUUCUAAUUUUAGUAGCAUGACUCCUCUUUUUGAGAACAUGAACUACAUACAGUUGAACAAAUGCAUGGCAAGUACGUGAAAUUGAUCUUAAACGUAAGCUGUUGUUGUUGUUCAAUGACACCCUUGGGAAGAGUUAAUGUCCAGUUUUGUUGUUAACAAAAAUUGCAAUCAGAGUUCGUUCCAAGUUUUGUUUUCUCCUUCUAAUCUGUCCAUAUUUCCGAACGCAAAAAAGACGUUCUUGAGUCAAAGCUGUGGUGAACUUAACCAAGGUUGUGAAAUAUAUAACUCUCAGAGAAGAAAGGG